CACAAAUACGCAUAUUCCAAUUGGUACUUGUAAUACUUUUGGAACUUUCUAUUUCCCCAAAAUAAAAAAUAUCUCCUUACUUUUCUUUUUUAAAUAGACUCCUUUUUCAGAUUUUUUUUUUAUAAUUCUGAACCUCCUACAUUGUCUUCACACAAUUCUGCUUUCAUUUCAAACUUGUAUAAGGUAGACUAGCCUCUGGAAUUCCGGGGAUGGAGACUACCACGAAAGCCAAUGGUGCUACUAAAUCUAAGAUCCCCGAUGAGAUUCCUGUUGCUGCUAAACCACUAGCAGAAGAUCCGGCUGAUAUUGCAUCCAAUAUCAAGUAUCAUGCUCAAUACAAUCCACAUUUUUCUCCUAUCAAGUUUGAACCCGAACAAGCGUACUUUGCAGCAGCAGAGAGCGUCCGCGACCGUCUUAUACAACAAUGGAAUGAGACCUAUCUGCACUAUCACAAAGUUGACCCAAAGCAAACAUACUACCUAUCUAUGGAGUUUCUUCAAGGCCGAGCAUUGACUAAUGCCAUUGGGAACCUUGACAUUCAAGAUGCAUAUGCCAGUGCUUUGAAUAAGCUCGGUCAUGAACUUGAAGAAAUCACCGAGCAGGAAAAAGAUAUGGCACUUGGAAAUGGUGGUUUAGGGAGGCUUGCAUCUUGCUUUUUGGACUCAAUGGCAACAUUGAAUUUGCCAGCAUGGGGGUAUGGUCUAAGGUACAGGUAUGGGCUCUUCAAACAGAGUAUCUCUAAAGCAGGGCAAGAAGAGAUGGCAGAAGAUUGGCUUGAGAAAUUUAGUCCUUGGGAAGUUGUCAGGCAUGACGUAGUGUUCCCCGUCAGAUUUUUUGGUCAUGUUGAGGUCCUCCCCUCAGGAUCCCGAAAAUGGGUCGGGGGAGAGGUUCUACAAGCUCUAGCAUAUGACGUGCCAAUUCCAGGAUACAAAACUAAGAAUACUAAUAGUCUCCGCCUUUGGGAGGCUAAAGCUAGUGCUCAGGACUUCAACCUGUUUCAGUUUAAUGACGGGCAGUAUCAGUCUGCCGCUGAGCUACAUGCUAGAGCUCAACAGAUUUGUGCUGUUCUUUAUCCUGGAGAUGCUACAGAAGAAGGAAAACUUCUUCGACUGAAGCAACAGUUUUUCCUAUGCAGUGCGUCACUACAGGACAUUAUUUCCAGAUUUAAGGAAAGACAUGAUGGAACAAGUCCACGCAAGUGGUCAGAGUUUCCAAGCAAGGUGGCAGUGCAACUGAAUGACACACAUCCAACUCUUGCAAUACCAGAACUAAUGAGAUUGUUAAUGGAUGAAGAAGGAUUAGGAUGGGAUGAAGCGUGGGAUGUGACUUCAAAGACAAUUGCCUACACAAAUCACACUGUCCUUCCAGAGGCAUUAGAGAAAUGGUCACAAGUGGUAAUGGCAAAGCUUCUUCCCCGCCACAUGGAAAUAAUCGAAGAAGUUGACAAACGAUUCAUUGCGAUGGUAAAAUCAACACGCCCCGAUCUUGAGAGUAAGAUUUCUGAUAUCCGCAUUUUGGAUCACAAUCCAAAUAAGCCCGUUGUGCGCAUGGCAAACUUGUGUGUGGUCUCUGGGCAUACAGUUAAUGGUGUAGCGCAGUUGCACAGUGACAUCUUAAAGGCUGAGUUGUUUGUAGAUUAUGUUUCCAUAUGGCCAACUAAGUUCCAAAACAAGACCAAUGGCAUAACACCUAGACGGUGGCUCAAAUUUUGUAGUCCUGAACUCAGUCAAAUAAUAACAAAAUGGCUGAAAACAGACAAGUGGGUGACUAACCUAGACCUACUCAUUGGUCUGCGAGAGUUUGCUGACAACCCAGAACUUCAAGCUGAAUGGGAGUCUGCUAAGAUGGCUAACAAACAGAGAUUAGCUGAGUACAUACUGCGAGUAACAGGCGAAAGCAUUGACCCAAAUAGCCUCUUCGAUAUCCAAGUGAAGCGCAUCCAUGAAUAUAAAAGGCAAUUGCUGAAUAUUUUGGGUGCUGUGUAUAGGUACAAGAAACUAAAGGAAAUGAGUCCUGAAGAACGGAAGACCACGACUCCAAGAACCAUUAUGAUUGGUGGGAAAGCAUUUGCAACAUACACUAAUGCCAAAAGAAUAGUUAAGCUUGUGAAUGAUGUAGGUGCUGUUGUUAACACUGACCCUGAAGUUAAUGAAUACUUGAAGAUAGUUUUUGUGCCUAAUUACAAUGUAUCCGUAGCUGAAGUUCUUAUACCAGGAAGUGAGCUCUCACAACAUAUCAGCACCGCAGGCAUGGAAGCUAGUGGCACAAGCAACAUGAAAUUUGCACUCAAUGGAUGCCUCAUUAUAGGAACGUUGGAUGGAGCUAAUGUCGAAAUCAGAGAAGAGGUUGGAGAGGAGAACUUUUUCCUCUUUGGAGCAACAGCAGAUGAAGUCCCAAAGCUCAGGAAAGACCGAGAGAAUGGACUGUUCAAACCAGACCCUCGAUAUGAAGAAGCUAAACAAUUUAUUAGAUCCAAGGCAUUUGGAAGCUACGAUUAUGAACCACUCCUUGAUUCUCUAGAAGGGAACUCUGGCUAUGGUCGUGGAGACUACUUUCUUGUCGGUCAUGACUUCCCAACCUACAUAGACACACAGGCACUAGUGGAUGAAGCAUACAAGGACAGGAAGAGAUGGACAAAAAUGUCGAUUUUAAGCACAGCCGGAAGUGGGAAGUUUAGCAGUGACCGAACAAUCUCUCAAUAUGCUAAAGAGAUCUGGAACAUAGAGGCGUGCCCUGUGCCAUAAUUGUAUAGCUCGACUGGCCUCAUAUCUUGGCUACUUGAUUCUUGAUACUGGUGGUAUAAUCUGGUAGAAAGAAGAGUUGUGAAGAACAGAUGGUUGGAUAUACUUUAUAAAUUUGAUAUUUAUAUUUUAUUAUAUGUUAUUGUCCUAAAAGUAUCUUUUCUGUAUGAUAUGUAAUUUAAACUCUUUCUAUACCUAAAAGAGACCCAGUUUAUUGGCGUUC